CCAGGCUGAGCCCGGACCGAAUGGAGAGGCAGCCCCCCGCCCAGCCCUCCCCUCUCCCCGGGACAUCCCGCGUGCUGCAACCGUGGACGUUCUCUCUGCCGCCUCCUUCUGGCACCCCUGGCAAUGACAGCGGCAGCAGCAACAGCAGCUUGAGCUGCGCGGAGAGCGCCGACUUCCAGUUCGUGCUCUUCCCGGUGGUCUACAGCCUGGUGUUUGUGCUGGGCCUGGUGGGGAACCUCUUCGUCCUGAGCUACUUCCUGCGCACCAAGUCGGCCACGGCACCGGCCAACGUCUUCCUGGUGAACCUGGCCGUGCUGGACCUGCUCUUCGUGCUGACGCUGCCCUUCCGCGUGGCCUACCACGCGCUGUACAACGACUGGGUCUUCGGGGAGGCGCUCUGCAAGGUCAUCGGUGGGCUCUUCUUCGCCAACCUCUACGGCAGCUCCCUCUUCCUGGCCCUCAUCUGCCUGGAGCGCUACCUGGCCGUGGUGCACCCGCUGCUCCACCUCCGCCUGCGCAGCUCCCGCCUCCGCCUCGUGGCCGUCCUGGUCGUCUGGGCAAUCUUGGUCGCCGCCGUGCUCUUCUUGGCACUGCGGGGCCCGCUGACCAGCGCCUUCCCCAACGGCCACAUCGCCUGCCUGGAGAACUUCUCCUCCAGCUCCUGGAAGGGCCGCAUCUCCGGCGUCAGCCUCUUUGCAGCCGUGGUGGGCUUCCUGCUGCCCCUCGUCCUCAUUAUCAUCUGCUACCCGCUCAUCGCUUGCCGACUUCUGGCUCCCCCGACUGUGGGAACAGGAGCCGGCUCCCGGACCGCAAGGCGCAAGGCUCUGCGCACGGUGCUGGUGGUGCUGGGGGUCUUCCUGGUCUGCUUUGCCCCCUACCACCUGGUGCAACUGGUCCACACGUUGAGUCGCGUGGGUCUCGUGGGCGGCUGCCCGCUCCUGCGUGGUACCUACGCCGCCCGGCGGGUCACCAUGGCCCUCACCAGCCUCAAUGCUUGCCUCGACCCCCUGGUCUACUACUUCGCGGCCGAGCGCUUUUCCCGGCGGUCCAGCUGGUGGCCCUUUGGCUCCGGGUGUGGGUGCUGCUCCUCCGAGAGGCUCCCCCGGCCACUCUGGCUGCAGGCCUUGACCACCAGCAAGACCACCACCUCGUCCACUGGGGAAAGCACCGCCCCAGGCCCAGGGCAGUAAUGGGAAAGGGUGUACAUCCACCUCUCCCCAGGGCAGUGAUGGAAAAGGGGGUUCGUCCACCUCUACGCUGCCCGGCGGGUCACCAUGGCCCUCACCAGCCUCAACACCUGCCUCGACCCCCUGGUCUACUACUUCGCGGCCGAGCGCUUCUCCUGGUGGUCCAUCUGGUGGCCCUGUGGCUCCGGGUGUGGCUACUGCCCCUCCGAUAGGCUCCCCCGGCUACUCUGGCUGCAAGCCCUGACCACCAGCAAGACCACCACCUCGUCCACUGGGGAAAGCACCACCCCAGGCCCAGGGCAGUGAUGGGAAAGGGGGCACGCCCACCUCUCCCCAGGGCAGUGAUGGGAAAGGGGGUACGUCCACCUCUCCCCAGGGCAGUGAUGGGAAAGGGGGUACGUCCACCUCUCUCCAGGGCAGUG